GAAAAUUGAUAAGUAAAGAGAUUAACAAAAAGAUAGAAUGCAGACGCCAAUAACUUGGACUUUCCUCCCGCAGAUCCCGACGUCGAGACGCCCCUGAGGGAGGCCUCCCCUCGCCCCAUCAUCCGCCCCGCCUCCAAAGCGGCGGGGCACCAAGGCGCAGACGGAGCAGCGAACGCCCGAGCGAAGACCAGACCCACGAUGGCCAGCGUGACCUCCAGCGCCACGAAUCUCCUUUCGAGGAAGGUCCGCGGCAUCUUCACCAAGAAGACCCUGAACGCGAGGCUCCCGAUCACACAAUGGCUCCCCAAGUACAACCUGGAGAUGCUGGAGGGGGACGUCCUGGCCGGCUUCACCGUCGGUCUCACCGUCAUCCCGCAGGGCAUCGCCUACGCCAUCGUGGCCGGCCUGGAUGCUAACUAUGGUUUGUACUCCGCAUUCAUGGGUUGCUUCGUGUACACGCUCCUUGGCAGCUGCAAGGACAUUACCAUUGGCCCCACAGCCAUCAUGGCCAUCAUGACCCACGAGUACUCGGGCGCCGGAGGACCCGACUUCGCCGUGUUACUCUGCUUCCUCAGCGGCCUCAUCAUCCUUGCCUCAGGCAUAUGCAACUUGGGAUUCCUCAUAAUGUUCAUAUCGAAGCCAGUGAUAUGCGGCUUUACGUCAGCGGCUGCCAUUACCAUAGCCUCCUCGCAACUCAAAGGACUCUUCGGGCUAAGCUACGAUGCAGAAGGAUUUUUGGACACCUGUGAAAAGCUGUUUAAAAAUAUUGCGAAUACUCGGUGGCAAGACAUCACGCUGGGGAUAUGCUGUAUGGUCUGCCUGCUGCUCAUGAGGAAAUUAAAGGACUUAAAAGCUGUGAAGCCAAAUGAAACAGAUUCAACGGGGAAAAAAGUAUUAAAAAAACUAAUAUUCUUGUCGUCUGUGGGAAGAAAUGCCAUAGUCGUCAUUGUCGCCGGUGUUAUUGCAUUUGCGGCUCCAGAAGGCACGUUCAAAGUGACAGGUAUUGUCCAGGGGGGCAUGCCAGCCUUCGAGCUUCCUCCCUUUUCCACCGAAGUGAACAACGUAACCUACUCGUUCGGCGACAUGAUAGCGUCCGUCGGCUCGGGUGUCGCCAUCAUUCCUCUUAUUUCCAUCUUGGAAAGCAUUGCCAUUGCCAGUGCCUUCGCCGGAGGAAAGACCAUUGAUGCUACUCAAGAAAUGAUUGCUCUUGGUUGCUGUAAUAUCAUGGGAGCAUUUGUGCAAUCGAUGCCCGUCACUGGAUCUUUCUCUCGAACGGCCGUCAAUGCUACAAGCGGGGUCAGGACACCUGCAGGUGGCGUUGUGACCGGCCUGCUGGUGGUGCUUGCAUUAGCUUUCCUCACACCUUACUUCAGAUACAUUCCCAAGGCCACACUGUCAGCUGUGAUCAUAUGUGCUGUGAUAUUCAUGGUGGAGUAUGAGAUGGUCCUCCCAAUUUGGAGAACAAGGAAGCUGGACCAGCUUCCUCUCUGGGGUUCCUUUCUCACAUGCUUGUUCUGGAAACUUGAAUAUGGCAUCUUGGUUGGGGUUGGCAUCAAUCUGGCCAUUCUCUUGUAUGGUACUGCUCGACCCAAGGUUGAGGUGACAGCCGUGAUGAGACAGGAUGGAGAUGAACCUGCAUAUGUUUUGGUGGAGCCGCGUAGUGGUCUUUUCUUCCCCUCAAUUGAUCAUGUAAGAUCAGUUGUAAGCAAAGCAGGCCGAGGAAUGGCCAGUGGAAACUUGGCAGUUGUCGUGGACUGCAAACAUUUUGUUGGGGUUGAUUUUACUGCUGCCAAGGGAAUCAAAGGCCUUUGCAUGGACUAUGAAAAGCGUCACCAGGACCUGAUAUUCAUCAACGUCACACCAGGCGUUGAGCAGGGACUCAGAGCAAUCUGUGAUAAUCUCAACAUUGUCACAUCACAGUUCGAACUACACAACUCUUUAAAAAGUGCGUUCAAAAAGAGCUUGGCAACAGGCAUGGAAUCCUCAGGGGUUUGUGGUAAUGGUGUGAUCCGUCAUGAGAACGGGGUCAUCUCCAAUCACACGUCGGCGCCUUGAAACCUACUCUCCUGGGGACACAGUUGUCAAUACUGUGGCAUAAAUUACAGAAGAUCCUUUGUCUUUCUGUGUAUAUAUAUAUUUUUUCUAAAUGAUUAGAUAGUUUGUUUUUUUUAUGAUAUGAUGAAUGAUUGCAUGCUGUUCAGUAUAUAAAAGAAUAAUAAUGGAUGAGAAAUUUACAAGUAUUUGUUGAAAUAGUGUUGUUUAAACCUAAAGUGUGAAUGUAGUAUCUUCAUUUUUUUAAUUAUGUCUCUCGGGAAGAUUAUGUUUUACACUUUUGACUAAUCUUUUUUUCACUUUUUAAACUUGAAGUAUUAUCUGCUUUUAUUUUCACAAAUGAUCAAUAUAUAUUUUUACAGACCAUUUUACCACUUAACAGUUAGUCUUUUCUGGGAUGUAGAGGUCGCACAUAUCAUCUAGAUUCAUUUUAGCAUUUAAUUUUUGAUAAUUUAGAUGCCAGUAAGAUUUUUACUGUAUGCUUUCCUAGAACUGAAGUGAUGCCAGUAAGUGAAAAACUAAUAUCCAUACAUACAUAUGCUGAUUACUCAAGUUUCAGAAACCAGUAAAAAUUUUAAUUGAGUUCCAGUGCAUUGUUAGGUUCAUCACCCCAGAGCUGUUGCUAAUGUUCAAUCAGACUUUAUGAUCCCAGAACCCUUCCCUCUUCAAAUUUGUUUAACCCUGUUUUUACAUAAGCAACUAAAAUCAUUAGCACAUCUUUUCCCACAACAUGAAUCAGAGAAACCAGAUAGAUGUUUCAUAAAUAACCAGUCUCAUGAACAGUCAGUUAAUUUUGUCUGGUUUCCUUGAUGUUUCCAUGUUUCCUUGAAUAGAGUCUAUCGAAUGGUAGCUGAUCUUGAAGAAUUAAUGAUUAAUGCUCUUUCCUGGGUUGUAUAAUUUCUGUCUCUUUUUGUUUAACUGUAUUAAACAAUUUCCUUAUGUUUGUGUUUUUAGUGUAUUAUUAUUUUUGUAAUUGAAUGUCAAAAAUAUUACCUCUAGAACUACGGUAAAUUUUAUGAAUAUAGAAUUCUAGUAUGAUUUAUGAAUGACAGCCUAGCCUUCCUGGUGAAGGAGAGUUACCAUAUCCUGUAGUAGAUGAUUAUGAAUGAAGUGCUUUAUUGCUUAUAGAUAUUUAUACUUUGCAUGUUGAUUGUACACACUAAUUCACUUUAUAAAUGCUCUUGGGUGAAAGUUGAUUUUAGUCAUACUAAUAAUAUAGAUUAGAAGGUACAGAAAGAAUAUUCUUUUGUAUGGGUUUGAAAAAAUAAUCACAUGACUGUAAAUAGGUUGUAUUUUAAAGAAAACAUCAAUACAAUAAGAAACUUCUAUAGUUUCAAAUAC